AUGGACCCUCAAUCAUCGCAGCGUUCCCAACAGCUUCGGAAAAGAAGACACCAAAAGCCACGAGUGCUCCUGUCUUGCAAUACCUGUAGAAAAGACAAGUUGAAAUGCGACCGGAGAAAGCCCUGCGCAACGUGCGUGAAACGACAUCGGGAAGCAUCUUGCACCUACGGCCGUGAAUGGCCGGCCCCAGCGAAUAUUACAGGCAGUUCAAUAAUUAACGAGCGCCUGUUGUUUGACGACCGUUUACGUUCCUUUGACGGACGACUCCGGCAUUUGGAAGAUAAAUUAUCAAAGAAAACUUCAUCUGGGCCCGAAUCGCGAGGUUCUGAGUUGCCUUGUCCGAGGACGCUGCGCAAUGGCUCCGAUUCAGUAUCCUGUCGAGUGGGUUCAAAGCCUUCGCUUGAUUCGACUUCUUUGCAUGAUGCGUCACGACCGAUAAAUAACGAUACGCUUUUCACAAAUGCAAGUCAUUGGUCGGCCAUCAUGAAUGACGCUACUGCUGAGCUUGGGAGGUGUAACAUCAAUGUUGAAGAUGGUAUCGGGAAUAAGCAACAAAGAACUUGCCAAGGCCCAGCGUUACUCACAGGCUUUUUCAAAGACACGCUAUUCAUGGAGCACCUCGGAAAAUUGCCACCGCGAGAAACCGCUGAUGCGCUUGUGUACCGCUGUCUGGACUCUAUGGAACCAUUCCUGAUUACUAUACACGCUCCAACCUUUAAACAAGAGUAUUUGGAAUUCUGGGAAAAUCCUGAAAGCUUUCCCCCGGCCUGGCUGUCUCUGCUUUACGGGAUUCUAUGCUGCAGCUUGAGUCUGCCAAGCGAUUUUGAGUUUUACCGUAUCCAGAGCGCAGCUUUCUUGGCGAAAUCCGAUAUGGCCAUUCCUGGAAAAUACAAGGUUGAGGCAGCUGUUGUGUAUCUGGGAAUGGAAUACGAACGGACUGAUAAUCUGAAAACCGAUGUCUCUGUUCUGCUGGGAUUAGUGUCGCGGCUGGCCAUUGUGAGUGGGUAUCAUCGUGACACUCAAAUCCAUAGCCAGAUAACCAUUUUCGAGGCAGAAAUGCGCCGAAGAGCUUGGCUCACACUUUUGGUGACGGAUUGUGUCGUAGCAUACGAGACUGGGCUGCCUCGGGUGGUUCCCAGCGGACUGGGAGAUGCGAAACGCCCUCGGAAUUUGCUGGAUGAAGACUUUGACCCCUACACUCUAGAGCUGCCAUCAGCUCGCAUCGCGACUAGGGCUUGCAACAAGAUUAUUUAUAUGGAAAAGAUGAACGCGAUAUUGUCCAUGGCUGCUGAUAUUGCGGAUUUAACGCCUGAUCUUGCAUCUCAGCCUCAGAAAGUCGCCAGUCUAUGCGAACAAUUGAAUGCUAUCAGAGAUAGUAUCCCUACGGUCCUUCGUAUUGCAUCAACUGGGUCGUCCAUUAGAGAUGAGAAAAUGGCCAUUUGGAGAUCUAAUCUGGAGAUGACAUAUCAGCGCACAUGUUGUGUCCUACAUCGACCAUUCUUGACGAAGAGAACAAUGGACUUCCAAACGCAGUCUUUUCGAGAGACGUGCGUUUCUGCAGCAGAAAGAAUACUGGAAUUAGAAAACGAGAUCUUCCAAGUAUAUUCGCGUAAAACUUCGAACCGCCAUAAAAUUUGGUUCCAAGCUUCUCGCUGUGUUUCUGACGGGCUCACUGCUGCGAUGGUAGUAUGCCUAGAGCUAGUGUAUCGGAGAGAAGCAGAGGGAUCAACAAGUCCUGUGGACUCUGAUCGCUUGGUUCAGCUACUGAAAAGCUUAUAUGCAAGCUGGAAAAGCACGCCAAGAAUCUCUUUCGAGUUUGAUGCAGCUACGAAGAUUCUGGUCGUGAUGUUACGUCGACUGGGAAUCUGCAAGCAAAAUCGAAGUUUGGAUGAGGCCAGUUCAUCUAAGCAAAUGGAGUUCUAUAGCUCAGACGUAAUGCUUCAAGAACCUUGUCCUACACACGAUGUGGAAGAUGAGUUCCCCUCUUCACAAAAUGCCAUCUAUGAGCUGCUUAGCAUUGAUACGAUGGAAGAUUUAUUUGACUGGACUCUUUGGGAUCACGAGAUGCAUCUCCUUGAGACCAGAAUAUAUGAUUGA